ACGUGGGAAGAACUCGAGCGACGAGAGCAGAAAAAGCGAAGUGACUACACGUGAGCCGGUGUGAGCAUGGCGUCGAUUGAAGAGCCAGAGAUCCAGUUCGCACAGAGGUUAGCCUCCAACGAAAGGCCCAUUCGGACCAAGGCUCUGAAGAAACUGAGGAAAUACAUCAAUGCCCGCUCACAGAGAGCGGCAGGUGGUUUCACAGGUGAUGAGCUGCUCAAGCUGUGGAAGGGUCUUUUUUACUGUCUGUGGAUGCAGGACAAACCACUGCUCCAGGAGGAGCUGUCAAAACAGAUCUCCAACCUGAUCCACAGCUUUGGUGAUACUGACAAACAGUUGUUAUACCUGGAGAGCUUCCUGCUGACCUUCAAAAGAGAAUGGACUGGUAUUGACAGGCUACGCAUGGACAAAUUCUUCCAGCUGGUUCGCUUUGUGUUCAGACAAACUUUUGAAGCGCUGAAGAGGAAAAACUGGGAGAGCAGUGCGGUUUCCAAGUUUCUGGACAUGCUGACAGCUCAGCUCUUGCAAAGCAGCAGUGAAGCGCCAUGUGGGCUGCAGCUGCACAUCCUGGACCUGUACAUGACUGAACUGGCAACCGUGGGCUCAGCAGAGCUCACUGCUGAUCAGAACUUAACAUUCAUCGAGCCGUUCUGCAAAACAGCAGCUAAAACCAAGAAUCAGACUCUUUUCAGUGCCAUCUGCAGGAGCAUCUUUAGCACUAUUAUUGACCAAGCUCCAUUUGCCAUUGAAGAUUUGAUGAAGGAAAUGAAAGCAGCUGAGGCCUCAGAUUCUGACUCAGGACAGGCUUCGGAUGAGGACGAAAACCAAAGAAAAAGUAAAACAAGUACCAAACUGGCCAGCAAGAAAGGAGGAGGGAAGCACAUCAGUGGCAGUAAGUCAAACGAGGAGGAGGAGGAUGAUGAUGAUGACGACGACGACGACGGUGAUUAUUUGGAAGACUUGGACACAGAUCUGCCAAGUGAUGACAUCGGACCAGUACUCCAGUUUGACUAUGCAGCUCUGGCAGAUAAUCUGUUUGAAUUAGCCAAGCGGAACAGCACACCAGGCCAGAACAGACAGAGACUCUACAGAAUUAUCAAAGUACUGCGUGACCUUAGUGAAGGCAUCUUUCCUGAGAGUGAGUAUCCAGAGGAGGUCUCCACAGAUGAGGACGAUGAAAUGUUUGGCAGCAGGAAGAGAAUGAAGAGAAGAAGAGGUCACAAUGAGGAUAAUGAGGCACCAGCAGCCAAGAAAAGUAAAGGGAAGAAAAAGGAGGCACUCAACAACCAGGACAAGGACCGUGAACACAUAGAUGGAACGGUUGAAGAUGAAAAGCAAAACAAUAUGAAAGCAAAUGCACAAAUACCAGAAAAGGGAGAGAUUGUGGCUCAAGUUCAGCAUAAGAUUAAAGAGACUAAAGAGGAUCUGGAAUGUUCACAAGUAGCACAUACACAAAGUUACACGUCAUCCGUAAAAGUUACAGAGACCAACACUCAGAAUGGCUUGUCAGAAACCGGCACCACUGGCUGCAGUGGUCAAUCAAAAAAGAAGAAAAAGGGGGGCUCUUCUGGGGACACAGAAACAGUAGAGGAGCAGGAGAGUUUUACUACAGCAAAGCCAGAGACAUCCUGUGAUGUUCCAGUCUCAGGGAAGAAGAAGACAAAGAAGAAAAAGAAGGGCCUGAAAGCAAAGGUAGAAAAGGACAGGACUGAGGGUGACAGAGAGAUCCCACCGGUAAGCUGUGAAGAAACCACAACACUGCUCAGUAAGGAUGCUACAACUCCUGCCAAGAAGAAAAACAAGGGUCUGAAGGCCAAGAGGAAACCUGAGGGGACACUGAGCUCAGAAACAGAUGUCACAUCAGUAGGCUGUGAGGGUUCAGCAGAAGAUGACACUACCACUGGACUCAAGAAGCUGACUGAUUCUGCAGCCCCAGCCAAGAAAAGGGGUAAGAAGAGGAGCUUGAAGUUGGAGAAAGCGCAGAAGCUUGAGGCAAACACACAGGAGGUAGAGGCAGGGUGCACUGAGGCUGAGAUCACGUCUGAAUCAUCACAACACACCACCGUUGUCCCGCUUAAAAAGAUGACAAAGAAAAAGGGCAAGAGGGAGGUAAAAAUGGAUCAGACACUUGAAGAGCAAUCUGCUGCAGAUGGAAGCACCGUAACCCAACUUAAGAAGUUAAAGAAACAGAGUCAGAAAGAAUUAAAGACUGCUGUGGAAGAGGAAGGAGCAGUGUCAGAAAGCCCUCAGGUGGUCGAUGCUGAGAAACUGCUUUUUGAAAUGAACAUGACAACACCAACAAAUAAGAAAAAGAUUCCAAAUCUGGCAGCAGCCCAGUUGAAUGAGAUCAAAAGGAGCGUAGAUGCAGACCUCCCAAAUGAUGAAACUAAGUUGGUCUCAUCCUCUGGGAAAUCAACCAAGAAGAAGAGGAAGAUCCCUGUGGUGUUUGAGUUUGAAGCUGAGGAGCUGGAGGCCGCUGCACUCAUCAAUGGAGUUGCAGGAGAAGAGACUGUUGCCAAGAAGACAACACCGGGCAAUGAUGUUGAUGAGGCAUCCAUGCCUGUGAGCAGCAAAAAGUCACAAAAGAAGGCAAGGGCAGGCCAAGGAUCAGCGUUGGACUUCAUCACCUUUCAGAGCAAAGCUGCAGUUCCAAUGCCACUAUUCUGCAAGACCAAGGGAAAGUCCAGCCCCCUGCCAUCCAGCAAGAAGAAGAUUCGAACUCCCAAUUCGGAAUCCAAGAAGGUGACCUUUGGUCUCAAGAAUAAUAAAACAGCUGAGUUUAGGAAGACUGAUCGCAGCCUGCUGGUGAGUCCAGAUGGCUCAUCACGAGUGCCAUUUGACCCACAGCAAAAACCCAAGUUUGGGGUCUUAAAGUCUCCACCCACACCACUCUCCUCCAGCCUCAAAAAGACCCGGAAGAGCAACAAAACCAGCUCCAAUUCUCCAAAGAGCACACCCAAACGUCGACCCUCGGCGGCUGACUUUUUUUAACUUCCUGCACAGACUGACCAUGAAUACAAUUGUUCUCUGUGAGCCCUUGAAUAACAGCCCAUUUAGAAAAAUAUAGAAGUAUUUUUGUGUAUCUGAUAUCAGUGUUGGAUUUCACUUCUUUGAGUGACUGUUUUGAUAAAGCGACUUUUUUUUUUUUUUUGGUUUUCAGUUAUACAAUUUAUUUGGAAUGUUCCUUUUUAUAUAUGAUAAAAGUGUUCUACAUCAAACGAACUACACACCACAAGUCUUUGAAAGAGAGUUUGUUAUAUUUGCAGCAAAAAAAAUGUAUAAUUUUUUUAAAAAGGAGAGAUUGGUGUUCAAGCGUGUUCUUGGGUGACAUGCAGAAUAAAUACAUCCAAUGGUCUUCACCAAAAUAUUUGAGCAAGUAAAUAUGUGAUUCUCUUUAAAACCACACCUACAGAUCAAGGUGGUGUACUCAAAUAAAUGAUGCAUAAAAUGGA